AGUCUUCUGUGAUCUCAAUAUCCAGAAAUGAAAGUGAAAGAUAAAACGACUUAUAUUCAGAGGAAGGAAUUGGAACCUUUUUUUUUCUUUUGCUACGCAUUAGAGGAACAGAAAGUUUCUAGACAACAAUUUUCAUCCUCAGAGGAAAGAAUGGCUCUGGAUGUGGAAGAAUGGAAGAGUGCAUUUCAAACACUGAUGCAGGAGAAGAAACCCUGUGUCUCGUGGACUCUGGAAUUUGAUGGCAACCUGCUGCCUGAUUGCUUGGCCCCAGGAUGGAAGCAGUAUAAACAGAGCACAUUUGGCAUGUUUAAGUGUUCAUCAUGCCGGCGGCGUUGGGAUUCUGCCAAAGUUCAAGUCCUGUGUCACAUGUACCUGGAAAAUCGGAGGUCACAUGGUUGUGUGCGCAUGCGGUUCUUCAAACAGAAGUGCAAGAAGUGUUCCAGUUCUCAAUUGGAGAACCCCACAUUCUCCCCAGAAAAUACCAUGAGAAUUUUAGAAAACCUAGUUUGUCGUAUUCUGGAGAAAUACUAUGGGAGUACCCACAGGAGGUUUCCAGAGAUGUCAAUUGUUCCAGAGGUUCCUCUGGAAGGGCCCCAUGACAUAGCCAAUUGUGAGGCAUGUGCUUUGGGCUACUGUGUGCAAAUACCAUCCCGUUCUCCACCCACUCACCUUGAGAUUGGGGACCAUACCAGUGAGGUAUCAAGGCCUAGAUAUGCUGCUUCUGGGACUCAAGUACCCAGAGGACAUCCUCAGCUUAAUCGAGAGGCAAGGCAGCAACUCAUCACAGGGACAGAUCCACAGGUCCCAGGGGUAAGGGGCUCACAAGUUAAACAGCUCCCUUUUUCAGAUUCCCCAGGAACUCGAGGUCGAGAGAGAAGGCAGGAACUAAGCAAUAUACUAAGCAGUAGACCCCCUGUCUCUGGAGAAGCAGAUAACCCUUCAGGUCUGGGUUGGUUGGCAGUGUUUGGUGUUGUUGCUGUUGCUGCCUUCAUUAUUUUCCCUCUAUUAUAAUAAAAUAGGUUGAGAAUCAGGAUGGUGAAAAUAGGUUUGUCUUCUCUGAUUCUUUUUUGAUUCCACAUUCAAUGAGGUAGCUCUGAUUUUAGUAACAGGGACCAGGCAGUUUUAAGUUUAUAGAGCAAGCACUGGUUUUCUAGACCUCUUAAAAAAUUAAAAAAAAAACAAACCAUAAUCUAGCUGAUAAUAGACACAGUAAAAAUAUUUAUAGAACAUUUUGAGUUCAAAUAAAAUAUCUUAAGUCUUUCAUUUACAUACUCAUUUAUUCAUUAGAAAUAUAUGUAGAUCAAAUAUCGAGAAGAACUGAGGGUCAUGACUAUUAUCAGAAAGUUAUUGUGCUAGGCUAAAUAAUUUUCCCACAAAGAUGGUCAUGUUCUAACCCCAGAAUCUGUGACUGUAUUACUUUAUAUAGCAAAAGAGGCUACUUUACAGAUAUAACUAAUGAGAGUAUCUUGAGAUGGGAAAUUCACCUGCAUUACCCAGAUAGUCCCAAUGUAAUCACAAGCCUCCUUGCAGGGGGAAGACAUAUUAUCUAAAGUCAAAAAGGGUUUAAUGGUAGAAUCAGAGGCUAAGCUGAUGUGCUGUAAAAAUGAAGGAAGUGGCCAGGAGCCAAAGACUAUAGGCAACCUCCAGAAAUUCAAUAAGGAUGAAGACACAGAUUCUCCUCUAUAGUCUUCAGAAGGAACCAGGUCUGUCUGAAGACACAUGGCUACAGAUCAGUGAGAGUGAUUUCAGGCUUUGGAUCCACAAGAUUGUAGGCCAGUAAAUCAGUGUUAUUUUAAAUGGAUGGAACUGUAAGUGGUUAUGCUAAGUGAAUUAAGAAAAAAAUUACUGGAUGGUUUUGCCCAUAUAUAAAAUUUAGAAAACUAAAGCAAAUGAACUUUGUUUCAAAAAAAAAAGUAACUAAGUUGUCUCUUAGACUCUUGUCAAUACUAUGGUUAUUUGGGCUGGGUUAGGGGGGUGGAGCAUAGAAACUUUGGGGGAGAGUGUGUUGAGUUGUACAUGCACACAUGUCCCCCAAAUCUUACAAUUUUGUAAACCAAUAUGAACUCACUGAUAGUAAAAAAUAUAUUAAACUUUGUGCUGUAUGAUGCUCCA